GCCCAUGGUGACUCUGGCCGAGGCUGAUAACGUGCUGUUCAUUCUCGCUGGACGCUUGGUGUGAGCCUUUUAUUUAUAAAGUGAGGGCCCAUCACACGUUAACGUCUGGAGCAGCACUUGGCUGGUGAUGUUUGAUUUCCUGCCCUGCGAGGCCAGCAAGGCCCGGCUCCGACUUUCUAGGCUGCCUAGUUCCUGAUUUGGAACAAAGGAAGCGGGGAUGAAAAGCAAAAGUGGAAAUUCCUCCAGAGGAUCCUCGAAAAUUUGAACUGGCAAAGAAUGCAGCAGCCGGGGGACAUCACGCAGAAGGGCUAUGAAAAGAAGAGAGCCAAGCUGCUGGCACCUUACAUCCCUCAGACUCAAGGUGUAGAUCCUGCUCUGCAGACGGAACACAGAAACCAGACUUCCACUCCUGCACCAGCAUCUUCGUCUUCCAAGUACCACCGUGCCCGGUCUGGGGGCACCCGGGAUGAACGCUACAGAUCAGAUAUUCACACAGAAGCAGUGCAGGCAGCCUUGGCAAAGCACAAGGAGCAGAAGAUGGCGCUGCCCAUGCCCACCAAAAGGCGCUCAACUUUCGUGCAGUCACCCAUCGAUGCUUGCACCCCUCCAGACACAUCGUCGGCCUCAGAGGACGAGGGCUCCCUCCGGAGGCAGGCGGCCCUGACCGCAGCCAUCACGCAGAGCCUUCAGAAUACGGAGUCCUGGAUCAACAAGUCUGUGCAGGGCUCCUCGACUUCAUCGUCGGCCUCGUCGACGCUGUCGCACGGCGAGGGCAAAUCCCAGCUGCAGAUCAGCUCGCUGGCUGACGUCCUUGCGCACGCGCGGAUAGAGACCCUGCCGGCUCCUCCCGAUGUUACCACAUGUUCCUCCUCCUCCUCUGACCGGACUUCCCGCAUCGACCUUCCCCCCUCUGGACCUGUCAAGGGCAUGAGUCGAGGGCUGAGCAAGACGAGCAUCAUGGAGACAGCGGAUGGGGUGCCGGUGCACAGCAGAGUGUCUACAAAGAUUCAGCAGCUCUUGAACACCCUGAAGAGACCAAAGCGGCCACCCCUGAAGGAGUUCUUUGUGGAUGACUUCGAGGAGAUUGUGGAAGUGCCACAGCCUGACCCAAACCAGCCCAAACCGGAGGGGCGGCAGAUGAUCCUGGUGAAGGGGGAGCCAUUGGGAGUUGUCAGCAACUGGCCACCUGCCAUUGAGGCAGCACUUCAGAGAUGGGGGACUACCCAGGCUAAAGCUCCCUGCCUGACCACUUUGGACGUCACGGGGAAGCCCCUCUACACACUGACAUACGGAAAGCUGUGGAGUCGGAGUCUCAAACUGGCAUACACACUUCUAAACAAGCUGGGGACGAAGAACGAGCCAAUGCUGAAACCAGGAGACAGGGUGGCACUGGUGUACCCCAAUAGUGACCCAGGAAUGUUCUUAGUGGCCUUCUAUGGAUGUCUUCUGGCAGAAGUGAUCCCAGUCCCAAUUGAGGUACCGUUAACCAGAAAGGAUGCUGGAAGCCAACAGAUUGGCUUCCUGCUGGGCAGCUGUGGCGUGGCGUUGGCACUGACCAGUGAGAUUUGCUUGAAGGGCCUGCCGAAGACACAGAAUGGGGAGAUUGUACAGUUCAAAGGCUGGCCUCGACUGAAAUGGGUUGUGACGGACUCAAAAUACCUGACCAAACCUUCCAAGGACUGGCAGCCACACAUCCCCAUGGCUAACACGGAGUUGGCCUACAUCGAGUACAAGGCAAGCAAGGAAGGUAGCGUGAUGGGUGUAGCAGUUUCCCGGAUAACCAUGCUGAACCACUGCCAGGCCCUCACCCAAGCCUGCAACUACACAGAAGGAGAAAUUCUGGUGAAUGUUCUAGACUUCAAGAAGGAUGUCGGACUCUGGCACGGGGUUCUCUCUAGUGUGAUGAAUAAAAUGCACACGGUCAGCGUUCCUUAUGCAGUCAUGAAAGCCUGUCCUCUCUCCUGGGUGCAGCGAGUCUAUGCACACAAAGCUAAGGUGGCUCUGGUGAAGUGCCGAGACCUGCAUUGGGCCAUGAUGGCUCACCGAGACCAGCGAGACAUCAACCUUGGUUCCCUACGAAUGCUUAUUGUAGCAGAUGGAGCCAAUCCCUGGUCGGUGUCUUCUUGUGAUGCCUUCCUCAGUGUGUUCCAGUGUCAUGGUCUGAAGCCUGAGGUCAUUUGUCCGUGUGCCACCUCCCCUGAGGCAAUGACUGCUGCCAUCCGCCGGCCAGGUGUCCCUGGGGCUCCACUUCCAGCACGUGCUAUUCUCUCUAUGAGCGGACUGAGCUACGGAGUGAUUCGGGUGAACACUGAGGACAAGAACUCAGCCCUGACUGUUCAGGACGUCGGACACAUCAUGCCAGGAUCCCUGAUGUGCAUCAUCAAACCUGACGGACCACCCCAGCUAUGUAAAACUGAUGAGAUUGGAGAGAUUUGUGUGAGUUCUCAGCCCGGAGGCAUGCUGUACUACGGAUUGCCUGGGGUCACCAAAAGCACUUUUGAGGUGAUCCCAGUGAACGCAGUGGGUGCGCCCAUUGGGGAGAACCCCUUUGUCCGCUCAGGUUUGCUUGGCUUUGUGGGCCCGGGCAGUCUGGUGUUUGUGGUAGGCAAGAUAGAUGGCUUGCUGAUGGUCAGUGGCCGAAGGCACAAUGCGGAUGACAUCGUAGCCACGGCUCUGGCUGUAGAGCCCGUCAAGACGGUCUACAGAGGAAGAAUUGCAGUCUUCUCAGUGACGGUAUUCUACGAUGAGCGCAUCGCUGUUGUGGCCGAACAGCGGCCUGAUGCCUUAGAGGAGGACAGCUUUCAAUGGAUGAGUCGAGUUCUGCAGGCUAUUGACAGCAUACACCAGGUUGGUCUGUACUGCCUGGCACUCGUACCUGCUAACACCCUCCCUAAGACCCCUCUAGGGGGUAUUCACAUCGCCCAGACUAAGCAGCACUUCCUGGAUGGCAACCUGCACCCCUGUAACAUUCUCAUGUGCCCUCACACUUGUGUGACAAACCUACCCAAGCCUCGGCAGAAGCAGCCAGUUGGUGUCGGGCCAGCUUCCAUUAUGGUUGGGAACUUAGUUGCUGGGAAGCGUAUUGCACAGGCAUCUGGUCGGGACUUGGGACUCAGCGAGGAUCAGGACCUGGUUAAAAAGUAUCAGUUCUUGUCGGAAGUAUUGCAGUGGCGGGCCAACAGUGACCCUGAUCACCUCCUCUUCGUCCUGCUCAAUUCAAAGGGUCUGCCUGUCAGCACGGCUACCUGCAUUCAGUUGCACAAGCGUGCAGAGAAGAUUGCCGCUGCACUAAUGGAGAAGGGGAGCCUUAACACCGGAGACAACGUGGUGCUGCUUUAUCCACCUGGAAUUGACUUGAUUGCUUCCUUCUAUGGCUGCCUGUAUGCUGGCUGUAUCCCUGUGACUGUGAGGCCACCGCACUUGCAGAACCUGGCAGCCACACUGCCCACAGUUCGCAUGAUCAUUGAAGUCAGCAAGGCCGCAUGCAUCUUGACAACACAAAACCUGAUGAAGACUCUGAAGUCGAAGGAGGCUGCAGUGACUGUGGAUGUCAAGACCUGGCCGACCAUCAUCGACACAGAUGACCUUCCUCGGAGACGACCGCCUCAGAUUUACAAACCUCCAACGGCAGAGAUGUUGGCCUACCUAGAUUUCAGUGUGUCUACCACAGGCAUGCUUACAGGAGUCAAGAUCUCCCAUGUUGCUGUGAGCACAUUGUGCCGCUCCAUCAAGCUUCAGUGUGAGCUCUACUCGUCACGCCAGAUUGCCAUUUGCCUGGAUCCUUACUGCGGCCUGGGCUUUGUGCUCUGGUGUCUCUGCAGCGUUUACUCAGGCCACCAGUCCAUCCUUAUCCCACCCUUAGAGCUGGAGACCAACCUAUCACUCUGGCUGUCUGCUGUCAGCCAAUACAAGAUCAGAGACACAUUCUGCUCCUACUCAGUGAUGGAAAUGUGCACAAAAGGCCUGGGCUCCCAGACGGAAGCACUGAAGGCCCGUGGCAUUAAUCUGUCCUGCGUGCGGGGCUGCGUGGUCGUAGCAGAAGAGCGUCCUCGAAUGGCGCUCACCCAGUCCUUCUCUAAGCUGUUCAAGGACCUGGGCUUAUCUCCCCGAGCUGUCAGCACCACCUUUGGGUCAAGGGUCAACUUAGCCAUCUGCUUGCAGGGUACUACUGGACCAGAGCCUACUACAGUUUAUGUUGACAUGAAGUCACUGAGGCAUGACAGAAUUCGCUUGGUUGAGCGUGGAGCCCCCCAGAGCCUACCGCUGAUGGAGUCAGGAAAGAUGCUUCCGGGUGUCAGAGUUCUCAUAGUGAAUCCUGAGACUAAGGGGCCUUUGGGAGAUUCUCAUCUUGGAGAGAUCUGGGUGAAUAGCCAGCACAAUGCCAGUGGCUAUUAUACCAUCUAUGGCGACGAGAGUCUUCAGGCUGACCAUUUCAACACCAAGCUGAGCUUUGCAGACACGGAGACCUUAUGGGCUCGGACCGGAUACCUGGGAUUUGUCAAGAGGACUGAACUUUUAGGUGCCAGCAAAGACCGCCAUGAUGCUCUGUACGUGGUGGGUGCACUGGAUGAAACUUUGGAACUCAGGGGGCUGCGAUACCACCCCAUUGACAUCGAGACCUCCGUGUCCCGGACCCAUAGGAGCAUCGGUGAAUGUGCUGUGUUCACUUGGACCAACCUGCUAGUCGUGGUGGUUGAGUUGUGUGGAUCAGAGCAAGAGGCCUUAGACCUUGUUCCGUUGGUAACCAAUGUAGUUCUGGAGGAGCAUCACUUGAUAGUGGGUGUGGUGGUUGUGGUGGACCCCGGCGUGAUCCCCAUCAACUCACGUGGCGAGAAGCAACGCAUGCACCUAAGGGACAGUUUCCUUGCCGACCAGCUGGACCCCAUCUAUGUGGCCUACAACAUGUAGCAAUAAGAUCCAUGUGAAACGAGAGCAGUGAGAGGAGCUCUGCCCUUCCGGACCCUUACAACUGGUUCUGGGCAUCUGAGUCUACUGUCUCCACCAAGAAGCUUCCCGGAGCUUGGGACAGAAAGUUAAAAGGAAAAAAAAAAUAAUAAAAACGAAAGCAUCUCAUUGGCUGCCACUGGACGUGGAGUGAUGUCACAGGGUCUGCUGUGCCCUGAUCAAUGGCUCUGCGGCACAUGGAGCUAACCGAAGUUUCAUACCCGUCUUCUUUCAGUGGCAGUAAAACCAAGGAGAUGAUUAUCGAGUCUGCUUUUUCCAUCUGAUCCUGGACUCCUGGAAUCAGCCCAUGCAAUUUGUAUAGGAAAGCGAGGAAAAAAAAACACACACACACAAAAAAAGCUGCAAGUACAUCUUGAUAUUGGUGCAAAAACCCAAAUCAUUUCAAGAAAUGGGAUGACAAGUUGCCUUAUAUCCUGUAGGAUAUAUUUAAUUUUAAUUUUAUUCAUUUUUAAGGUUACUGAACUGCAAAAGCGGGGGGCAAGUAGUAAAUACAGGGGUGCAUACAGGCCUAAUGGCAUUUUGGUCUUUUUAGGUAUCUCUGCUGAUUGGUUCGGGUUGUUUUGGGGGAGGGGGGGGAGGCUCGGGGGGGUACGUGAUGUCGUGAGCAGUUUUUACUUGAUGCAAACCUUUUUUUUUUUGUUGUUGUUGUUUUCUUUCCCAACGAGAAAUACUUGACUCUGCUUUUGAAUGAUUGUUAUUGUGAACGUCAAGACCACCAGCUGGGAGCCCCACUGUGAUUGGCGCUGGUGGCCUUGUACACUUAAAAAGAAAAAAACAAUAGAUAGAAUAUAUUAAAAGUAUUUUAUAGAGAAGUGUACAUUUUUAAAGAGCUCUGUGAAAGGCGUUGGGGCGGGGGGGGGGAGGGGGGGGGGUCUUUGCAGGGGGUUUACUUUUCACACUUUCUGGAAUAACCCAACAAAGAAAGACUGGGCAGCAUCACUAGUUUGCACAAUAGAGGCUGCGUUGCUCUUUCAGUUUGUUUCAAUGGGAAGAAGAAUAUAUGCUUAUAUAUAUAUAUAUAUAUAUUUUAGUGGUUAAAUAGCAAACUGAUGACUACUUGUGUCUAAUUCACACAUUUUAGAGAGGAGCCCCUCAUUUCCAGCAGGUUUUGCUCUUUUUUUUUUUAAUUUCUUCCUCUUUUCACAGCAGCACACGGGACACUUUGAAGACUCCGGUCUGUAAACCUUCCACCAGGGUCUGCGACUUUUAGGACUUUUUAGGUUAUUUUGCAAUGAGGCAGGCGACUUUUGACAGGCCGAAGGGAAGAGUGUGAAAUUGAGCUGGAGAGCCUUUGAGGAAAGUGAAGGCGUUGUCGCCGUGUAUUAUUGAGACGAGGCAGAAACUCUCUUUAAAAAAUUAGCGGAAUCGUCGUGUGAGUAGAACCGGCAGACACUGAGGUUAUCGAACGAUGAACGCUUUAGUCUUCCUUUCGCUCCUUCCCAAAGGGGAUGGUUCUUUAAAACACGCAGGUGGCCAGCAAACUUCCUCGGCUCUUCUGACGUCGCCAUGGCUAUUUUAUGCGCAUUUCUACAACUCUCUAAAGCACCAAAGAGGAAAAAGAAAAAAUCGUAGCUGGCGUCAACAAACAGAGCUGCCAAUGGGGGGCUGGGGGUGGGGCUCCUUUCGAGAACACACACAUUCCUGUCGUACCGCCAUUGGUCAGAGAUGACAGUGACUGGCAGCCGCCGUCGGGAGGAUGAGGUACCCGUCUUGCCUUUUUUAGGGGAAGAUUAGGUUUGCUGAGCGGUUACCUGCUUUAAUGCCCACCUACAGUGUAGCACUUGACAAGUUAAGGUGGCAAAACAAAAAGAAAAACACACAGCAGGGUGUCUGCCCCCCCCCCAAAUAAUUUUUUUUUAAAUUCCAUUUCUUUAAGAGGAAAGUCUGAAUUUAUUAUUAAUUUUUUUUUUUAAUAUGUACACAUUUUACUUGCCCAAAGGAAAGAGAGGCUGGAAAUUCAAUUCCAUGGGUCGCCGUCUCGGAUCGAUUGUGUAAAUGUGAAAAGCUGUUCUUUUAAUGACAUGUUUAGUGUGUGUGUGUGUCCAUUUGUCUGUGGUCUGUAAUAUAUAAUUAAUUAAUUAAUUAAU